AUGCCUCCAAAGUCAGAUUCAGCCCAACGGAAGCCAAAUGCUUCCUCGACCAACGCAAAGUCCAAAUCCGUCGUCAAAGUCGGGCCUAAGAAUGUAUCAGCUAGAUAUCAGGGAACCAAGAACGAUAAGGGCGAGAGACCAACCACCUCUCGUGCACUGACGCUGAGACAUGGCAAGUACGGUUCCUUUGGGACUGGUGAGAUGAUGCAUCUGGGCAAGAUGACGGGCAGAGAGAAGUUGGACCUCCUUGCUGAGGAUCUCACCGACAAGGCCAAGAAAGCUGUAGCUGCACCCUUUUCGCUAGAGAAAUGUCUAGAAAUUGCUGAAUCUCAGUGCAAUGCGUAUUUGGAUGACAUUCGCAGCCUCCACAAUCCCGAGUUGUUCUAUUCGCUUAUGCACGCCGAGAUCACUGCACGUACUCCCCCCAGUAGUGUGUCACCAAAGCCGUCUACUGCUUCACUCGUUAUCUCUAGAAUCCACAAUUCGUACCUGCUCGCGUCUGCGUGGCGAUUGAUCCUGUACUCCCUGAUCGACUUGGGAGAGAUGGGGUUAGCGGACGCGACGUCGUCUGGAGUAAAGGUACUUCUGAAAAGCGAUGCAAGAAUACGAGAGCGCUUCCUCGUGCUGUACGACCUCGUCCAAGUACUCGUCGGAAUCACGCAAAAGCAGUUCGCUACCAUAGCUGCCGUCACGCGUAUGCUUUCGCUUCAUUUACCAACAUCAAAUCAGCGUACUGACCCCCAGACAGCUCCGUACGUCCACUAUUUCAAACACAAGAAAGAAAAAGAGGGCUCGACGGACCCCGAUGACGACAUGAUAGUGUUCGAUUGGGCGGGUCUGAAGAUCAAAGACGCGUGCAAAUCAUUCAUUGACUCGAUCGUCAUCGAGCUGUGCUUCCCGGAAGGACCGUACCCCACCGGCGUGCUCUUCCAACUCCUCCACGAUGCAGUUGAAGAAGCACCCCACCACGCCAAGCGCUUCCCCCAAGCACUAUGGGAUUCCGUUGGAGAUCUUGCUAUCUCUGUCGAGCUGCUCGAUUUGAUGGAAGCCCCGCUUUUGUCGCCAGAAGCCUCGGGAUGGAGGAACUCGCGUUCUUCUGCACCAGCUGCGUACGACGAGUUCCUCGACGCUCAGCGUUACUCCCUCGAAGCAACGAAGAAUACGGCCAAUUGGAAGGACCUUGUCUCUCCUCUUGAGAAGACUAAAAUGCCCCACAUCCUCGAGUCGAUGUGGAAGACUAUCAACGCCAACUACAUGAGUGUAUCCGGGAAACCGCUCAAUGCGUUGUGGCAGCUCGAUGAUGCCCUUAUUCCCAAUCCGCAAUGGCACGCCAUCUACAUUCCAUCAAGCGCACUCCCCGACGAUGAUGACGGUGAUGACGACGACAUGCCCGCCCUCUCCAAGCGAAGCAAGAAGAAACCCCUCCGCCUCACCAACGGCGAAGACGACGGCAGCGGCUAUGAAUCGAUGCCCCUCCUCCUCUCCGUCUCCGACGACGAGACCUCUAGCGACGACGGCAGCUCCCCCUCAUUUUCGGACGCCCCGUACUCGGAUUACGACGAAAGUGACGAAGGGGAAUACGAUACGGACGCGGAGGAUGAGUUGAGGGAGCAGCUCAAGGAGGCGAUGAAUCAGGCGCAUCAGUAUGAUUUCUACGAGUCGCUAAGGGAGGAUGAGCGGCCUCCUGUGGUUGAGGAUGCGGAGGAGAAAGAGAGGAAGGAGAAGAACUCGUUUUUGAAGUUGCUGGGGUCGCUGAGAGGGCGUAUGUUUUCGUCGAGCCCGAAGUUGAAGGUUCCUCCUGGGAAAGGCCCUUCCGCUGCUCAUGGAGCCACAGUCAAGGAUGCUGAGAGUGUGGGCGACGCCGCUAGUACCGCACCCAAGAAGAAGAAAAAGAAGCCCAAGAAAAAGAAAAAGAAAUCCGCUGCUGCUGCAGGCGUCGGUGAUGGGGACGGUCGCGAGGAUUCUGGUGCGGACGACGAAGAGGAGGAGAAGGAGGUCAAAGGCGCGGCCGAGAAGGCGAAAGUGCCUGCUGCCUCUAUACCCAGCCCCGUGGGCCGUUCAGCCGUCCCCGCACCCAUCUCCCCGCCUACCAGCCCGUCCAAGAAGAAAAAAAGGAGAUCCUCUUCAACGUCUAUACCACUUUCCCCUGCCUCGCCCACCUCACCAACGUCCGUGCACUCUCGCGCGGCCGCGUCCACCGCCUCUCUCGCCAGCUCCAUCGCACCAACAGUGUACGGCUCCACGACGUCCCUCCCGCUUCCGCAAGUCGAGAAAGCGCAGUCGUCGCACUCGUAUGUGAAAGAUGCGCUGGAGAAGGCGAAGACCAAGACCAAGACCCGCGCGGGCGCGGGCGACGGGGGGCUCGCGCCUAUCGACGAGAAGGAGGGGAAGAAGGGCCUUUUCGCGCGUUGGCGCUUGGGGAAGGAUAAGGGUAAGGAUGGGGACGGUGCCGCGGGGAAGGGCAAGGAGAAGGAGAAGGAGAAGGAGGAGAAAGAAGCGAAUCCGUUCGUCAAGCUGUCGAAGAAGGCGAAGGAGAGUGUGCGUGUGCUGUUCAAGGCGGAGUCCCCCAAGGGGACGCUGCGGUGGGAGCAGUUCUUGAAGAUCAUGGCCGAGCUGGACUUCGAGAUCAACCCGAGUACUGCAGGGUCUAGUGUGCGCUUCACGCCGCCCAGCGCCAGGGACAAGUCGAUCACCUUUCACAAACCGCACCCGGACUCGACGCUCCAGCCUUACCACAUCUCGGCGUUCGGCGCGCGGCUGCGCGACCACUAUGGGUGGAGCAAGGAGAAGCUGGAGACGAGCUUCUUCGCGCAGGCGGACGAGGCGGGGCGUAAGGGAGCGUAG